UUGAAUUUCAGUUGCAAAAGAAAAUUUCAAUACACUAGAUAUUUUUUCGGUUCAGAGAAAACUUCAAUUCUGAAUAAUGAUAAUGACAAUCCGUUGAUUCAAUUCGUUCAGUAGCUCAAGGCUGCUGCAAAUAUUCAGCUUUCCGUCGGUUGAAUCUGGAAGGCACGUGAUUCUCACGGACCAGCCCAUAUAUGAUAUAUCUCGUGUGCGCGGCAUCAUUAAACUGCUUUCAUUUGCCUCUUCGUUUCUGCUUCUGGCGCCUUCGGGCAAGAGCUGCGAAAAUCUCUCCAGAGUUCUAAGACCAGGAUUCCUCCUUUUCAAGAACUCUGCGUUACUCUUGCCGCAUCUUUUUCUAUCUAAAUGCCCAAUGGCUUCUUUGUUCGGAUAACCGACUCGGGAAUUGCUUGCUGAAAUCCGAUAUCAUGUGGAGGUUUAUUCUGAAGGAAUUCAUAGGAGGGAAUGAAAGAGAGAGAAAUGUAAAAAUCAAAGCCCGCUAGUCAGUUUCUGUGCUGCCUGCACAUCAUCCAAAAAUGGGCUGUUUCUACUCUAAGACAGGAAGUAAGAGAAAGUUCCCUAUGGGAGAGGACCCUUUGGUUCUUGCAUCAGAGACAGCCUUCAGUGUUAGUGAGGUUGAAGCACUGUUUGAGCUUUUUAAGAGCAUCAGCAGUUCAGUCGUUGAUGAUGGAUUAAUCAGCAAGGAGGAGCUUCACUUGGCAAUUUUCAACAACAAAAAGAAGGAUAACCUCUUUGCUAGCCGAAUCUUUGAUAUGUUUGAUGUUAAGCAGAAGGGAGCCAUUGACUUUGGCGAUUUUGUUAGAUCCCUCAGUGUCUUCCACCCUAAAGCAUCACAAGAAGACAAGAUAGAUUUUUCGUUUAGGCUUUAUGAUUUGCAUAAUACAGGUUUUAUUGAGCGCCAAGAGGUCAAAAAAAUGUUAAUUGCUCUUCUUUCAGAGUCCGAAAUGAAGUUGGCCGACGAUGCGUUAGAAAAAAUCCUUGAUAAGACUUUCUUGGAUGCUGAUAUAAAUCAAGAUGGAAAAAUAGACAAGUUCGAAUGGAAAAACUUAGUUACUAAGAAUCCAUCGUUACUAAAAGUCAUGACCCUACCCUACCUGAGGGACAUAACAACCACCUUCCCAAGCUUUGUUUUUCAUUCCAAGGUCGACGAAAUUACAAAGUGAGAACAUAUCUAUUUAGUAUAUGCAGUUAGGACUUAGGAGCUAUAUUAGGUGUAGUUUUGUCUUCCAAGAGAUGUUUAAGGUCACUGCGGUGUAGUGAUAAAGAUGUAAAGUAUCACUUAGAGGACUUUGAUUGGAAUCCCCCUUCCGUGGUGCGCCAGAUUUAUUUUUGAAGAGGGAUGAAGUAAUUUUGCCUUGCACGGUUUAUUGUAUUUGUAUAGUGUGCUGUAACUGUCUAAAUGAUGCUUCCCUUAGAUAAAAUUGGUAAACAUGUUCAAAGAGUGCAUAAAUAAGAAGAAAGGCCUACUUUACUCUUUCCUGAAAA